AGGGGCGGUACCAUCGAGGCGGCGGGCCAGAGCGGCGGCGGGCGGAGUUCCGCCGCGAUGGCGGCCAUGGCAGCAGAGGAGGAGGAGUACGAGGCGGUGCUGUGCGUGAAGCCGGCGGUGCACGUCUACCGGGUACCGCCGCGGGCCUCCAACCGCGGCUACAGAGCUGCAGAGUGGCAGCUGGACCAGCCGGCGUGGAGCGGCAGGCUGCGGAUCACGGCCAAGGGCAAGAUCGCAUUCAUUAAGCUGGAGGACAAGACCUCGGGAGAGCUUUUUGCCCAGGCGCCAGUGGAGCAGUUCCCUGGCAUCGCUGUGGAGAGCGUGACGGACUCCAGUAGAUAUUUUGUCAUCCGGAUUGAAGAUGGGAAUGGCCGCCGUGCUUUCAUCGGAGUCGGCUUUGUUGACCGAGGGGAUGCUUUUGACUUCAAUGUGGCUCUCCAAGACCAUUUUAAAUGGGUGAGGCAGCAGAGCGAGCUGGCCAGACAGGCUGAGAACCCUGAUCAGGGACCAAAACUGGAUCUGGGCUUCAAGGAGGGGCAAACCAUCAAACUCAACAUUGCGAAUAUGAAGAAAAAAGAAGGACCAACAGGGAACACCAGACCGCGUCCCGUGGGUCUUGGGGGCCUGAGCUUGCUCCCACCACCUCCCGGAGGAAAAUCUUCGGUUUGUCCUUCUGGAGAGCGGCCGUCUUCGCUCUCCACGCCCGCCCAGCUCCCGGGCACCCCCAUCACAGACUCCCUCUUGUCCUGGCCGCAGCCUGCUGCUGCUCCCUCUGCCGCCGCCACCGAUGUCUGGGGAGACUUUGCCAAAGCUUCCGGGUCAGCUUCUACCCAGACUCAGGCAAACGCAGGCUGGGUUCAGUUCUGACCCGGGCCCCUCGUCCGCUCUUCCCCACAUGGGUGCUGGGAUCAUUGCGAUUCCUUCAGGACCAAAGCAGGGGCUUUGGGACACUCUGCUCCUGCCCUUAAGUCCCCCCCGGCAUCAAAAUGCUGAAAUAAGUGCCAGAGAGCAAAUGAACAUGUGCCUUAAAACGCUCCACGCCAGCGCCCUCUGCGUUGGGGGCCUUUUAUUUUCUACCUGGAUUGCAGCAAACCUCUGAGGCUUCUCCUUUUGCAGAAAAAGUUGUCAGCUUCGUCACCUCUCCUUAGUAACGAGAGGGUGAGUGGGUGCUCAGAGCAGGACUCCUCUCACUCGCAGCGCUGCCCCAAUUAAGGUAAUUUUCGCUAAAGGUUUAUGCGAUAGAGCCUCCUCAGAGACCUCUCCGCUUUCUCCUCGCAUAUUUGGGCUGGAUAAAUCCUUCCCUCGGUGGAGAGCAUCCUCCUGGAGACUUCUCGCCUGCAAAAUCCAGACAAACGCCCACCCUAGCAAGAUGCUGAGCGUCACCCCAGUUUUUUUCUGAGCGCUUAACUCUGAUGCGGGAGGUGGGGAGCCAGACCGCUGCGUUUCGAUGCUGAAAUUCCUAAUUUCUUGCUCCAGGAAGAUUUUUUCAUCUCUAUUUUGAAGACAGAUUUUCACUUCUUUCUGUGGACAUUUUAUUAAGCGAUAUAUGCAAUGAAGGACAGAAUGGAGUCAGUCUCUUUGACAGAGCUGGGGUUGAGAUUCCUCUUUAAACAAAUAAAUAUUUUCUUACCUAUUUAUAUUAAGGC